AUGGGUGGCUCAAAACCGUGGCCGCAGGUAUCAGUGGGAAAUAAAGACCACACAAACGCUGCAGUUGUCAUUAUAGGCGCUGGGAUAUCUGGAAUGUGUAUGGCAAUUGACCUGAUUAGACGGAAUAAAUGUCACAACUUUAUCAUUCUGGAGAAGAGUAGUGCGGUGGGGGGCACAUGGCAUGAUAACAAGUAUCCUGGAUGUUGCUGUGAUGUUUCAAGCCACCUCUACAGCUACUCUUUCGAGCAAAACCCGGACUGGUCACGUGUCUACCCAGGACAAGAAGAAAUACUUGACUACCUCAUCCAAGUCGCCCAAAAGUACAAGCUGUAUAAAUACAUCCGCUUCAACACAUCGGUCGAGCAAGCCCGUUGGGACGACAGUGAGCUGAAAUGGAAAACCGACGUCAAGGUCUCCGGGGACAAAGACAGCGAGUUUAGCAACGCCUACACCAUCAUAUCCGACUUUCUCAUCUCAGCCGUGGGACAGCUGAACCAACCUGCUUACCCAGACAUACCGGGUCUCGGCGAGUUUGGGGGAAAGAUCAUGCAUUCGGCGCGUUGGGACUGGUCUUACGAUUUGGAGGGGAAGAGGAUUGCGGUCAUUGGGAAUGGCGCCACCGCAGCCCAACUCCUCCCCGAACUCACCAGAGCCGCCGCGUCCAUCACUCUCUUCCAACGCACCCCCAACUGGGUCAUGCCGCGCCUCGACGCCCCUAUCCCCUCCCUCCUCCGCACCGCGUUCCGCUACCUGCCCCCCUUGCUCUGGCGCACUCGCGCACUGCAGAUGGAUAUGCGCGAGGACUUCUACGCGGUCACGGACUCGGACUCUAACAUCUCGAACCAGAUCCGCGGCUGGUGCAGCGACGCGAUGCGUGCCGCGUUCCCGAACCAGCCGAAAGUAUGGAAGAAACUGACGCCUGAGUACGCGCCGGGGUGCAAGCGGGUGAUCAUCAGCGACGAGUACUAUCCCGCACUCGCAUCCCCAAACUGCCAUCUCGAAACCCGCCCCAUCGCCCGGAUCACGAAGACCAGGAUCGAGGUCGGCGGCACCGCACCUCCUCCUCCCUCCCCCGGGACCUCCUCCGGAACAGAGGAGUUGGAUCUGAUCGUCCUAGCAACCGGCUUCCGCACCACCGAGUUCCUGUCCCCGAUCACGAUCACCGGCGCUCACGGCCGCGCGCUCUCGCAGAUCUGGGAAGAGAGCGGCGGCGCGACGGCGCUGUACGGCACCACAAUCCCACAGCUGCCGAACUUCGGGGUCUUCUACGGCCCGAACACGAACUUGGGGCAUAACUCCAUCGUGCUGAUGAUCGAGGCGCAGAGCCGGUACCUCGCGGCGCUCGUCGCUACCGUGCUUGACGCGCGCGGCGCAGGACGGCCGCUCGCGCUCGUCCCAAGGGAAGAGAGAGUGAGGGAGUUCAAUGCGGAGAUCCAGGAGAGGCUGGGGAGGAGCAGUUUUGCGGAUGAGCGGUGUCGGAGCUGGUAUAAGAAUAGCGAGGGGAGGAUUACGAAUAAUUGGUCCGGGACGGUGGUGGAGUAUCAGGAGGUGUUGUCGAAGGUGGAUUGGGGGGAUUUCGAGCAGGUUGGGGAGGAGACGGGGAAGAGCGGGAGUGGGGUGACGUUGGGGGGGAAGAAGGAGACGAGGCUGGGGAGGGUGAGGGAGGAGACGGUGGUGGGGAAUACGGCGCUGGUUGUGGGUGGGGCAGUGGCCGCGGCGGCGGUGGUUGGGGGUGUAGUUUGGGGGAGGAGACGGGGAGGGAGAAGGUGGUGGUGA